AGGUGUUUUUUCUCUCUCUUUUUAUUUAUUUAUUUUUUUAAGGCGAUAUGGCUGGUGAGUGGGGCUGGGGGCGCUGGCACAGGCUCUCCACGGCUCCUAAAUGCUAGCUGAGGCAGAUGGCACCGUCCCCCAUGGAAGCGACAGCUCUAUGAGGACAAACAACAUCAACAACAAUAUCAAAGCAGAGUCUUCAAUCUUAAUUUCCAAGAUGGAAGACCUCGUCAUCCCCUUCUCCUCCGAGGUACCCUGCGACAAUAAUGGACAGCGCAUGUGGUGGGCAUUCCUCGCCUCCUCCAUGGUGACGUUUUUCGGGGGUCUCUUCAUCAUCCUGCUGUGGAGGACCCUCAAGUAUCUGUGGACCGUUUGCUGCCAUUGCAACAGCAAAAACAAGGAGGCCCAGAAGGUGAACAACCCCACCAACAGCCAGGCAGAAGACAAGACGACCAAGGGUUCUGAUGAGAAAGAGGAGGCCCCGGCCAGUGAGGUGGGAUGGAUGACCUCGGUCAAAGACUGGGCUGGAGUCAUGAUCUCCGCUCAGACGCUCACUGGCAGAGUUCUGGUGGUGCUUGUCUUUGCACUUAGCAUUGGGGCCCUUGGAAUCUACUUUAUAGACUCGUCAGAUCCUAUAGAGUCCUGCAAGAACUUCAACAAAGAUUUCACAUUACAGAUCGACAUGGCCUUCAAUGUCUUCUUCCUUCUUUACUUUGGUCUGCGGUUUAUAGCAGCCAAUGAUAAGCUGUGGUUCUGGCUGGAGGUCAACUCAGUGGUCGACUUCUUCACCGUUCCUCCUGUGUUUGUCUCCGUCUACUUAAACAGAAGCUGGCUUGGUUUGAGAUUCCUGAGAGCACUGAGAUUGAUUCAGUUCUCAGAAAUCUUGCAGUUUUUGAACAUCUUGAAAACGAGCAAUUCCAUCAAGCUGGUGAACCUGUGUUCCAUCUUCAUAAGCACAUGGCUUACAGCUGCUGGAUUCAUACAUUUGGUGGAAAACUCAGGGGAUCCUUGGGAAAACUUCCAAAAUUUCCAGUACCUUUCCUAUUGGGAAUGUGUCUACUUACUGAUGGUGACUAUGUCCACAGUGGGCUACGGGGAUGUCUAUGCAAAAACUACCUUGGGCCGCUUGUUCAUGGUCUUCUUCAUCCUCGGUGGUUUGGCCAUGUUUGCCAGCUACGUCCCUGAAAUCAUAGAGUUAAUAGGAAACCGCAAGAAAUAUGGUGGUUCCUAUAGUGCGGUUAAUGGGAGAAAGCAUAUUGUGGUCUGUGGUCAUAUUACACUCGAAAGUGUCUCCAACUUCCUCAAAGACUUCCUACACAAGGACAGGGAUGAUGUCAAUGUAGAAAUUAUUUUUCUCCAUAAUAUUUCCCCUAAUCUUGAGCUGGAAGCCUUGUUCAAACGCCAUUUUACCCAAGUAGAGUUCUACCAGGGAUCUGUUCUCAACCCUCAUGAUCUGGCCCGUGUGAAGAUUGAAUCAGCAGAUGCCUGCUUAAUCCUUGCCAAUAAAUACUGUGCAGAUCCUGAUGCUGAAGAUGCCUCCAACAUCAUGAGGGUUAUUUCGAUCAAGAACUACCAUCCUAAGAUCAGAAUAAUCACACAGAUGUUACAAUAUCACAAUAAGGCCCAUCUGCUGAACAUUCCAAGCUGGAACUGGAAAGAGGGUGAUGAUGCUAUCUGCCUGGCAGAGCUGAAGGCAGGCUUCAUUGCCCAGAGCUGUCUGGCUCAGGGCCUGUCCACUAUGCUGGCCAAUCUUUUCUCCAUGAGGUCCUUCAUUGAGAUUGAGGAGGACACAUGGCAGAAGUAUUAUCUUGAAGGAGUGGCUAAUGAGAUGUACACGGAGUAUUUGUCCAGUGCCUUUGUGGGCCUCUCCUUCCCCACUGUCUGUGAGCUGUGUUACGUGAAGCUGAAGCUGUUGCUUAUUGCCAUUGAGUACAAAUCUGAGCAGAGGGAGAGCAGAAGCCGAAAGCGCAUCCUCAUCAACCCAGGCAACCAUGUCAAGAUGCAGGAGGGAACACUGGGAUUUUUUAUUGCCAGUGAUGCCAAAGAAGUAAAGAGAGCAUUUUUCUACUGUAAAGCUUGUCAUGAUGACAUCACUGACCCCAAACGGAUCAAAAAGUGUGGCUGCAAGCGACUGAUUUAUUCCAAGAUGUCCGUCUACAAACGAAUGAAACUGGCAUGUUGUUUUGAUUGCGGCUGUUCAGAGCGAGACUGCUCUUGCAUGUCAGGCAGUGUACAUAAUAACAUGGACACCCUUCAGAGGGCCUACCCACUUUCCUCUGUCUCUGUUCAUGAUUGCGCAACCACUUUACGUGCCUCCAAAUAUAAGUAUAAUGGAUAUGUCAGAUCACUUGAAGAUGAGCAUCCAUCAACGCUGUCACCCAAAAAAAAGCAGCGCAAUGGAGGGAUGCGGAACUCGCCCAACUGCUCGCCCAAAAUGAUGAGACACGACCCCCUCCUAAUUCCUGGAAAUGAACAAAUUCAGAACAUGGACAUGAACGUAAAGAGGUAUGACUCGACAGGGAUGUUUCACUGGUGCCCGUCAAAGGACAUCGAAAAAGUCAUUCUGACUCGGAGUGAAGCCUCCAUGACAGUGCUGAGUGGCCAUGUAGUGGUCUGUAUAUUUGGUGAUGUCACGUCAGCUUUAGUUGGGCUGCGAAACUUGGUGAUGCCUUUAAGAGCCAGCAACUUCCAUUACCAUGAGUUGAAGCCUAUAGUGUUUGUGGGCUCAUUGGAUUACCUGCGGAGAGAGUGGGAAACUUUACACAACUUUCCCAAAGUCUCCAUAUUACCUGGUACACCAUUAAGUCGGGCAGAUUUAAGGGCUGUCAACAUCAACCUCUGCGACAUGUGCGUAAUACUGUCAGCCAAUCAGAACAAUAUCGACGAUGCCUCACUGCAGGAUAAGGAAUGCAUCUUGGCAUCACUCAACAUCAAAUCUAUGCAGUUUGACGACAGCAUCGGCAUCUUACAGGCUAAUUCCCAAGGUUUCACACCUCCUGGAAUGGACAGGACAUCUCCGGACAGCAGUCCAGUGCAUGGCUUUGUGCGACAGGCUUCUGUCACCACGGGAUCCAACAUCCCCAUCAUAACAGAGCUAGCUAAACCUGGCAAACUGCUGCCGUUGGUUCCACUCAGUCAGGAAAAAAACAGUGGAACCAACAUACAAAUGAUAACAGAGCUGGUGAACGACUCGAACGUUCAGUUCCUGGACCAAGACGAUGAUGAUGACCCAGACACGGAGCUGUACCUCACUCAGCCGUUUGCCUGCGGCACCGCCUUCGCUGUCAGUGUGCUUGACUCUCUCAUGAGUGCGACGUACUUCAACGAUAACAUCCUCACGCUGAUUCGGACGCUGGUCACAGGAGGAGCCACGCCUGAGCUGGAGGCUCUGUUAGCGGAGGAGAAUGCUCUUAGAGGAGGCUACAGCACGCCGCAGACACUAGCCAACAGGGACAGGUGUCGCGUCGCCCAGCUAGCCCUCUACGACGGGCCUUUUGCAGACUUGGGGGAUGGCGGCUGCUACGGGGAUUUAUUCUGCAAAGCACUGAAGACAUACAACAUGCUGUGCUUUGGAAUCUACAGAUUAAGAGACGCUCACCUCAGUGUACCGAGCCAGUGUACAAAACGAUACGUGAUCACAAACCCACCAUAUGAGUUUGAGCUGGUGCCCACAGACCUGAUCUUCUGCUUAAUGCAGUUUGACCACAACGCGGGCCAGUCCCGGACCAGCUUGUCCCAUUCUUCCCACUCUUCCCAUUCCUCUAGCAAAAAGAGCUCCUCCGUCCACUCCAUCCCGCCCACCAACCGGCAGAACCGCAGCAGUAAGACACGGGAGGCCCGCGACAAACAGAAUGCAACAAGGAUGAAUAGAAUGGGCCAAGAAAAGAAAUGGUUUACAGAUGAAUCAGACAAUGCCUAUCCACGGAACAUUCAGAUCAAGCCCAUGAGCACUCACAUGGCCAACCAGGUCAAUCAAUACAAGUCCACUAGUAGUCUGAUUCCACCAAUCAGAGAAGUUGAAGAUGAAUGCUGAAUACCUGAUCCCAUGCUAACCCACCAGAACUCUGCACGCUCUUUCUACGGAGAUGACAUCACCAAUGGAAGAGCAACGAUGACAAAGAGUGUUGAAGCCAGAAGUUUUUUUCACUCGUUCUUCUAAACAGGAAACUGAAAUCGAACUGGAAGGGACCUCGUGUAUACCUUUAAUGUUACUUCCACUCUCUUGGACAUUAUUUUCUUUUUCUUACAUAGAGAUAUACAUAAUGACAGUCAAAUACAGAUUGUACAGCCCCUCCCCCUAGCACUUUUUGGAAUUAUUUUAAGAGUUGACAUGAGUACUUCCUGUAAUUCUUUGCAAUAGUUGACCUAGGUGUGACCAGACUCCAUGGAUAAGGUGACUGCUUAUUGGAGGAUGAGGGUUGCAGCUACAAACUGAUCAUUUCCUUGCCCAAAGAUCCACACAGAUGUGUCAUACCAAACCAGCUGGGCUUCUUAUCUCCUGUCUGCUUCUGUUCUAUUUGCACUAAAACUGAACACGUUACUUUCUACAGCACAACUGAAAUCACACGAUCCCUGACCCCCCGAACACGGUACAGCUGAGGAGACUGAGAAAGGGGCAGCUGCUUGGCUUCAGAGGUGUACUAACCUUGAUCUUACACAUCGUGUCGCCGCUUACGGUUUGCCAUGUCGCCGUUGACUAGCUGUGUAGAGUGCGAGCUUGCAGAACGAAAUCUUGCAAAACAACGGUCUAAAAGUGGUUUUGUCUUCUGCUCAGAUCAUAAAGCCUGUGACUCUGUUUCAAGCUCUUAUCGCACGAUACAUGCUUGAGCUCUCUGUAACACAUGCAACGUAGACCAUCUUCCCCUGAAUACGUGAGAAGGACUAAAACCACCUGCUCUGUCCCUCAUGUAUUAAGGAGUGUUUGCAGAGUGUAAAUGCUGCCACGUCUGUGUGGUGUCAUGCUGGUCAGUGCCGUCAUCUCCCGCCUCCUUUGACGUGUGUGAUCACGCACCUUUGAAGGAAAAGCAUGGGGGCAGUAGUCAUGCCUGAAGAAAGUUAGGCUACUGUGAUAGGUUUGGAUCUACUAACAAAACAUUGCACUAAAAGCUGAAACAAAUCCCAACUAUGAUUGAGCCAAGCUCAUAUGAACAGCAGCUGCAUGCCCACACUUAACUCUUCGCUGUGAAACCUGCGACUGAAUUGGGAUCAAAAUAAGAGCGAUGCAUUAUGCAUUUGCACAGCUCAUAUCUGAUGAAGGCAAUGCCACAUAGCGCAUAAAAGUGGGCAACAAUGGGUCCUCCUUUGAUUGGAGCUACUGCCUGGCACAGGGUUGGCACCGAGGCAGUAAAGAGCUUGGAUGUUCUCUGGUGCCAAUCCAGAUGUCACACACCUCAAACAUAGUUGGGUUGAAAUGCAACUGUGCAAACAGAGUGCAAUCUUAAUGCUAGCAUGCAUCUUGAGUGUAUAGUUUGCACGUGCUAAGGUACUCACAAGAUCCAAAUCCAGCUGUGGUGCUACAAAAGGGUUCAGGAGG